UGUGAUCACCAGUAGGCCUGUGUGUGCUCAAUAGUAGGCCUGUGUGUGCUCACCAGUAGGCCUGUGUGUGCUCAAUAGUAGGCCUGUGUGUGCUCACCAGUAGGCCUGUGUGUGCUCACCAGUAGGCCUGUGUGUGCUCACCAGUAGGCCUGUGUGUGCUCACCAGAGGCCUGUGUGUGCUAGGCUAACACAUGACGUGCGUGUGAUCUUCCACUGACAAGAGCUCCUCGUGUUGGGCUCUGAACCUCCAGCCGCUGAGAGCCAAUCCCCUCCAGCCCCCGCCCCAGAGGAACAUGCUGAGAGCCAAUCCCCUCCAGCCCCCGCCCCAGAGGAACACGCUGAGAGCCAAUCCCCUCCAGCCCCCGCCCCAGAGUAACACGCUGAGAGCCAAUCCCCUCCAGCCCCCGCCCCAGAGGAACACGCUGAGAGCCAAUCCCCUCCAGCCCCCGCCCCAGAGGAACACGCUGAGAGCCAAUCCCCUCCAGCCCCCGCCCCAGAGGAACACGCUGAGAGCCAAUCCCCUCCAGCCCCCGCCCCAGAGGAACACGCUGAGAGCCAAUCCCCUCCAGCCCCCGCCCCAGAGGAACACGCUGAGAGCCAAUCCCCUCCAGCCCCCGCCCCAGAGGAACACGCUGAGAGCCAAUCCCCUCCAGCCCCCGCCCCAGAGGAACACGCUGAGAGCCAAUCCCCUCCAGCCCCCGCCCCAGAGGAACACGCUGAGAGCCAAUCCCCUCCAGCCCCCGCCCCAGAGGAACACGCUGAGAGCCAAUCCCCUCCAGCCCCCGCCCCAGAGGAACACGCUGAGAGACAAUCCCCCCUCCCCGCCGAGGAGGAGACCCUCCCUGCCCCCGCCCCAGAGGAACACCCCCCCAGUGAAACCACAGAACAAGCCUCAGACGCCCCUCCUGAUGGGGAAGCUGCUCCUGUAGAAACUGCUGCAGUUUCCCCUGAAGGUGAGAGUGACGCACUGAUGGAAAAGAGAACAUGUUCUGUUUAGCAGGAUAAGUUUUGUCUGCAGCACCACCCUCUGGCAGCACAUCCCUGCAGCUGAAGAUUAUUGAGACCCGACAAGAGAUCAAGACAUAUUCUCUUUUGCUGUCGAUGUAUUUUUUUUUUGAUAAAGAAAAAUAUUAUUUG